AUGCGCUCCCUCGUAACUCUCCUUCCGCUUGCUGGAGUCAUUUCGACAGCCACUGCAGCAGGUUCAUUGGGAUUUGCACUCGGUGAUAAGAAGGCAGAUGGGACAUGCAAGUUUACAGCGGAUUAUGAAUCGGAUUUCGAAACUAUUUCCAAGGGGAGCACCGCUAGGGUUGUGAGGGGAUAUGCAGCGAGUGAUUGUGAUACUGCGAAGGAAAUAUUACCUGCUGCUAAGGCGAAGGGAUUUAAGGUUGUUUUGGGGAUUUGGCCAGACACCGAUGAAUCUUUCGCCGCCGACAAGGCUGCAGUAGUUAAAUAUGCGCCUCAAUACAGCGAUCAAGUUUACGCUAUCACCGUCGGUUCGGAAUCACUCUAUCGUGGAAACUUUACUGGCGAGCAACUCCUUGAGAAAAUUAUGGAUGUCAAGACCGCAUUGAACGGAGACUUCAAGGUCGGAACGGCAGACAGCUGGAAUAAAUAUAUGGACGGAACCGCGGAUCCUGUUAUCAAGGGUGGUGCUGAUAUUCUGUUGUGCAAUGCAUUCAGUUAUUGGCAAGGACAAGAGUUGAAGAAUGCAACACAUAGUUUCUUCGAUGAUAUUAUGCAAGCUUUUGGCCAUAUUCAAGAUGUUGCUGGAUCUGCCAGUGAUGGACCUGAACUUUGGGUCGGAGAGACUGGCUGGCCGACAGCAGGCUCAAAGUACCAAUCUGCCGUCCCAGGCACAGCAUCUGCAAAAACAUUCUGGCAAGAAGGGAUUUGUGGUAUAAUGGAUUGGGGUGUGAAUGUAUUCUCGUUCGAGGCAUUCGAUGAACCAUGGAAGCCAGUAUCUACCGGUUCAGAUGGUUCAGUUGCAGAUGAGACACAUUGGGGAGACCCUGGAACUAAUGGGAUCACUCCACGUUUGCAUGAUUACGGUACCGUCAAUAUUCAGACAGUGAUUUCAACACCUCCUCGUACGACGACGACAGAGGCAGGCUUCGAACUUCAAUAUCCUGACCCAUUCAACUCUCCUGCAUUGUCCACAACUUCAACAGCUGAGGGUGGAGGUUCGUCUCCUAUCCUUCCACCUCUACCAGAACCAACAAUAAACGGUCAUACAAUCGAUCUUUUUGGAACCCCACCUUCACGUCCUCCGUCAGAACCUCGAACGGAUACUAGUGCUUUCUAUACCGCUAGUUGGGGAUCUCCAUAUCUGCAUCCUCUAGGAUCUUCUGUUGGUAGUCGUUCACUCUAUAGAAGUGCAUAUAGUGAAGCAUCAGAAGACUCGGAAGAUCUGCCAAUCCGCCAUCUUGAGUUGCACACACCAUUUUUACGUCCUCCUCCAGCUUUCACGAGGUCUCAGGCAGUGGCAGAACCGGACUUUGUGUCCCACGACGGUCUCAUUAGUGCUGCCGUACUAGCAAAUCGAGCUCGACGUCCAGCACAUCGAUUGACCGAAGAUUGGAUAAGGCAACACACCGGAGGUGAAUCAACAGAAAGGAAUAACUGGCUAAGUGACGAUAAUCCUGGAGAAAGUGAGAACUCUUCAUUGAGCGGAUCAAUCUCAGGGGGUGCAGCGGAUUCCUUGGCUUUAGAAUCGGAUCCCAGAACUCCUACCCUACUUAGAUUUGUGCAAGAAAGUGAACGCUUGGGGAGAGAUUUUGGAAGCCGACACAGAAGAAAGGAUACAUCGGAGACUUUGACUCAAGAAGAUAUUGCGGCUGCUGUGCGCAGAGAUUCUUCUAAUAUGUCCGCAAGAAACGAGAGUGGUUCGCAAAGAACUUCCGCGAAUCAUACACCAGUAGACGAAAAACCUCUUCCUCCUCCACCCUUGAUGGCACAAUGGGCCGCAAAGGCAUUACCCAAUCCUACGCCAUCUCCAACGACAUCUCUACCUCCACGAUUGAAGAAGAAAGUCCCAUGGAAAGGAAAAAAUAUUUUGGUUCUACUCCCUUGGGAUGAAGAUCGCGGAAAGAAGGGAGGUGCACCGAAACCCAUGACACCAAAAGAUGUAGUUGGGAUGCUGAAGGAUUGGGAGGAAUUGGGUUAUGAUACCAGUGGCUUUAAUCUUGGCUCUGAUGAUGGAGGUGAAGGCGGUCCUGGCCAGGGCCGAAAUAGUUGGCCAACCAUGAUUGAUGUGGAGGCUGAGAGAGCGCAGAGGACUUUCAGAGUCAAUAUUCCUGACAGAAAAGAAUGGGACGCCUAUGUCGAAGAAUUGAAAGAAGCCAAAUUACGAGCACUAGGUGUUUCCUUGGGGGAUGAUGACCCGAUUCCUAUAAUUUCACCCGCGAUAUUGAAUUUGAGUCGUCGUACUUCAAUGCAAUAUCCGCCAUUACCAUUUUCCCCUCCGAUACCAACUUCAUCAACAACGAGCAGCCACAUCGCUCACAAGUCAAAUCUUCCUUUCUCUCUCGCUUUGAUGCCUGGAAAUGGUUUAUCUACAAGUCAAAGCUCCAACCAAGGAUCUAUUGCUUCUCCCGCUUCGAUGCAUGCGCAUUUACAUGGAAAGUUUGGUGGUAUGAGACACAAUUCGGUUUCUUUUGGCGGCGGGGAUCAUCCAUUCGGAUCACCUUUUCAAUACCCACAACCGACCUCGUCGCCAGGUGUUUGGUCUCCACAACAAAUGCUUUACCAGCAUGGACAUAGGGGUGGGUCCCCUUCGAUGCAUAAUUUGGGCUCUAUCAGAUCUCCAGCCUCACCUCUAUCUCAGGAUGGUUACUUCCCACAAGGCCACGGGGAUGCCAUGUCACGACAAAUUCUGAUGCAAAAUCAAUUAUCAUCUGUAGGUGUUCGUGCUCGUGCAUCUCCAGGUCUUCAAGAAGUUCGUGAGAGCGAGGAUGAGAAAACGGCGGAGAUUCCCGCUCCAAGCAAGAGUCCUUCUAAAACUCCAACAUUGGAAGUUAAAGCGACCAUCAAGCAUAAUGCGAGCGCAAGCUUGCAGAAAGAAAUUGAUGAUGCUGAAUAUCACCUAGAGGAGCAAUUCCAACGACAACUUGAUGGGGAUGAUUACAGUCCCCAUUCCGACCAUGGGGAGAUGGACAAACAGUUUGAGAACAAACCUGUACCUCACGUGAGGAACGCCUCAAUUAUUGGCGGUGGAGUCGAAUCCUCACGAUUUGCUGCGGAGGAGGGACCUGUUCUUCAUCACCCACAACCUCACAGUCGCGGCCAUUCUCUAUCUCAACACCCAUUCCAGGAUUCUGAGCAGGAUACUUCUAGUGGUGAAUCGAAGCUUGGAUUACGUGAUGUUAACAAUAACGCGAAAUACGACUUGUCUGAUAUAGAGACCAACCCUAGCAAUCUGGGUACCCCGACCUUACAAAACGGCGUACAGGCAUUUAGUCAUAACAGGGACAUGUCCAUGGCUAGCAAUCCAUGGCUUGAUGCUGAAUCCACGCAAUCAAAGAUUAAUCAACCCAGCCACCGUGCCAACAAGCAAUCUAUGUCAACAUUAAACGUUGCAGCGAGACCUUUCAGUUUCAAUCCAGUCAGCUCCUUUCAACCGAAUCAAUUUUCCUUCACUGGUGGCAACUUUCAGCCAGCACAUACAACUGUCAAUUAUGUACCAUUUGCUCAUCAGGGGCCACUACCUGGUGUAUCUGAGCACCCCGGCAACCACUCAGUGAAGAAUUCGCUCAGUGAAGUUAAUGAUCCUGCACAAGUAUUUUCUCCCAACUUGCCAGGAUUUGUACCAGGACACAGCGAGUUCAACUUCCAAGGACCAAGCUUCAGACCUGAUGCACCAACAUUUACUCCAAACCUUUCGAAUUCUAUCAAUUCAACGGGUGAAGCAUCCGGCAAUGAAGCUCCACGAAACCCCAUCUUUGGUGGUAUUGAUAUGAAUUCUCUUGACACGUCAAAACUCACAAAGAAGUCAAAGGCUAUUCCCAUUAUGAGGCCUGAUAGUAGUCAUUCUAAGGAGGCCGAGGAAACGAUGGAAGGUAAAGACGGUCGCCCCAUGCAAAACCCAGGCAAUAUCAAAAGGAUACGUAGAGGUAACGAUGAUGGAGAUUCCGUACCUCUAUUUGCUGAGCCCACUGUACAUCUCCAGGAGACUACUCGGGAACAGUCAGCUCCAGAAGAGCCCCAGCUCGGUCCUACACAAGAUGAUAAGGAGAAUUCUGCACCGUCAAGUGAGAGUGUGUAUGAGUCGCUUGCUGCUACUGUGAACCGGAAGCCAUCCGGGGAUGCGGAGUAUUCGCCAUUCGCAUUCCAACAACAAAAGCAAGUAGAGGACUCCAAUGCUGCAAUACCAUUAACUGCAAAAAGAUAUGAAUUUGGUCUUCCCGGAUAUGGUGUUGACAAUACAAACUCAGAAGAUGAUAUGGAGGACGCUGACGAUACGGCACCUAAACAACACCUACAUUUGCAGGCAGCAUCAAAUGCAAGUGGAAGUCAACUUGGCCAUAGGAAAAUGGCAUCAUCUCUUUCUGCAAAUGCCACACCUUUCGAAUCCCAACCCAAGGGAAAUUUUGCUUUUACUUUUGGUGGAAGCCAAGCUCCAAUACUUGCGCCAGCUUCUCCAGUUCAUCCAAAGAUUGGCGAACUUGCAGCCUCGAGACAUGCUAAAAGUCCAUCGCCACCUCGGGAAUCCGCUACCGACUCACCCACCUUGCGACCUCAUGAAGUCAAUGACUUCCAGAAUGCAUUACCAGGGCCCCAAAGUCCACCACAGUACGAUGACGACUCUGAAAUGGAAGAAGGUGAAAUUCGAGAGGAUCGAGAACCGACAUUUGAGGAGAUUGACGCUGUUAUGAGGCAUCUAAAUUCAACGGAAAUGUCACCAGCCACAACCUCUAAUGGAGAUGAUACCCCAAGAUGGCAUGCAGCUAGUCCGCAAAGACAUAUUCAGAUCCCUUCGAUGUCAUCACCUAUUCGCCUCCAUCCUAAUAUUAUGCGCAGCGAUGCUCCAAGCCCAAGUCCAGGUCCAUGCCGAUAUGUGGAGGAUAGCCAAUUUGGUGAGAUAUCUCCGGAUAGAGUAUAUUCUCACAUGAUAAUUGAUGAUGAUCCAUUUGCGGAUCCUCAUUCUGCAGCUGCCUUGGGAUCACCUAUUCAUCGUCUUAACACUGGAAAUAGUCUCCCAGUUAGUGAUUGGGAUGAUGUUCUCAGUGAAGGUGAGGAGAUUAAACUUCAUGAAAGGAUUGGUUUCUUCGAUAAUCGUGUCAAUGAUAUCGUCGGUUCGUUGUUGGCCGAUAGGUUGGACCCAAUAGAGAAGAUCUUGGAGGGAAUCACACAUUCGUUACAAUCGCUUCCUUACUCGGUGAGAGCUGCAUCAUAUCGCAGAGAACAGCGUAGCAUGUCUGGUGCACUAAGUGAUGCUGAUGACGAAGAUGAUGAAGAUCCUGGAAGGUCAGCAAGCCCAAGAAGAAACGCAAAGCUGGAGAGAAUCAGAACGGUCGUCUUGGAUGCUCUCAAUGCUCAUUCAUCAAGACCUCAAAGCGCAGUUACGCCAACAGUUGCGACCAUGUUACCUGAUUCGCGUAAUGUUCUUCAAGUUUUGGACGAAAUGAAGGAGCAGUUUGCACAAUCAUCACAGCCCGGUUUCAGCGUGAAAGAUCUGAGGAAUGCUAUCAAGGAAGUUGUUGAAGAGAGAAUGCCUGCUCCCAUUCAGUUUGAUGAUAUUUCGGCCACCAAAUUAGCUGAGGCUGAGGCAAAGAUGGCAGCUCUUGAACGGCAGGCCCAAGCUAGGCUAGCUGAGAUAGAAGAAAAUUCUCGAAUCAGAAUUUCCGAGCUCGAGGAAAAGCUUCGUCGGGCUGACGAUUGGGUCGAGGAAGAGACCAAGAAGCGUAGAGCUACUGAAGACUCCAAGGCUAUGACGGAAAGGCUUUUAGUAAGUUCUCUGGAGGAAGAACAUCUAUUACGACAAAUUGUUGAAGAGAAGAGCUCCAAGGCCGAGAAUGAAAUUGUAGGUCGACGAAAGGCCGAGGAUCGUCUUGCUGAAGCCCACCGUCUGCUUCGUGUCUAUUCCGAAGAAGAAGAUCGACUUGGCGAUGCAAUGUUGGAGAAAGAUGCCAAGAUUCGUGAGAUUGCAGAGGAUCGUGAUCGUAAGGUAAGAAGUUUCGAAGAGUCAAGAGAUAAGACUACCAUGCGUAUCGCAUUACUGGAAGCUGCGCAGGAGAACUAUCGCAAGACUGAAGCAGACCUUACCGCCACAGUUCACAUGGCCGAAUCUGAAUUACGGGAAUCCCGAUCAUUAGCCCAUAGAUGGCAGCUGGAGGCCGAAGGGGCUAUGGAAGCAGCCAAGAGACAUAGUGAGGAUGCGGAACAAGCCAAUGAAACCAAUAGAGAUCUUAGGAGGACCAUCGAGACCUUGAAGAACCAGAUGGAGGAAAGUAUCCGAGUCCGCGAAUCCAUGAGAUCGAAAUUAAUGGAUUUGCAGGAGGAUAUGGCUACAGCCGCCCGAAAUAUUUCACAGGAUAAUUCCCACCGUGCCAAGAAAGAACAGGAAUUAUUGGCCAGACAGGAAGUCCUUGAUGCUAAACUCCAUGCCGAAGCUAGAACAAGAGAACGACUUGAACUGGAAAUCGAACGACUAGAGAGCGGAGAGAGACAAGGUAUGAGAGCUAUUAACGAGUGUAAGAGGUUGGAAUCUGUCGUCACUGAACUGCGGAACGAAAAUCAUGCUGCUCAUAAAGAUGUUAUGAGACACAAGAGAGAAUUUGAGGAGGCUCGCGAAUCUGGCCUAGGUGAAGUUGCACGCACGAGAAAGUAUAUGCAAGUUGAGGUCGAUACCGCCAAUAACGAAGUCAAUGUUGUCAGAGAAGAGCUUGAGAAUCAAAUCUCCAGACUACAAGUCGAGAUAGAUUUGGUAAAAUUAGAUGCCGAGACUGCAAAGGAACAACAUGAUAUGCUUCUAGAAGCGGCCCAAACUUCCAAGAAAGAGAUGUUCGAUGACAUUACGAGAAAGCACCAAGACCAAUUUGAAGAUUUACAGGAGAAGCACAAACGACAACUUGAAAAUACGCUUGUGGAUGCUCAGAGGUCCGAACAACACCUCUUGGAGAGAUUGAGUUUGAGUACGGCCAAGACGGAACAUCUUCAGGAUCGUGUGAGUCAUUUAGAAGAUAAGCUGGACGUCGCUAGAUCUGCUGCACAAGCUGCUGCUAUUCACGCUAAAGCUGCAAGAUCGGCAAGCGUAGCUGGAUCCUUGUCAUCGUCGGCGCAACCACGUGGAUUGGAAGUGCCAGAGAAGAUUUCACCACAGGCACUCCGAGAAUCUCUUAUGGCCUUGCAAGAACAAUUACAAGAUCGUGAAUUGAAGAUUGAAGAUCUCGAGCAGAAACUUACGGACGUGGAUCCUGAGGCCUCGACAAAGAUUAGUAAACGUGAUGAUGAAAUUACGUGGUUACGGGAACUUCUUUCGGUGCGCAAGAGUGAUCUUCAGGAUAUUGUGCAUGCCUUGUCAACGGGCAAAUACAAUUCAGACGGUGUUCGCGAUGCCGCCAUUCGACUGAGCGCCAACCUUCAGAUGGAAGAACAAGAACGCGAGAGAGCCAUGAACGGCGGUUCGGCUAUCAAUUUUCCCAACAUCGCGGCUUCUAUUGCAGCUAGUCCCCGAGUUGCACAAGUUGCUAGUGCCGUAGGACCACUUGCUGCUGCUUGGGGGAAUUGGAGAAACAAGAAUCAGGUAAAGGACACAACUUCUCUGAUGAGCGAUGGUUAUGGUACCAGUACUGCAAGUGGAAAUUCAACACCACCUAAAGCUGGGAGUUCAUCUGGAUUUCUUAGUGGAUUAAUGACACCACCCGCAAGUAAUAAUACCAGGCAAUACCCUAGUACACCUGGAGCACCUCCUCCAGUACACGUUACCAGAGAGCCAACCAACUUCGCGAGGGACAACACAUUGAGCGCUUUCGACGCCACAGGUCAACGAUUUGCGGCUAGACAAAGUGGACUUGGUUCCAGAACGUCAACACCACGACGUGCGGAUAAAGUUCCUGUCAGGAGAGAAGUACCAUCGACACCACCAAUGAUGUUAAGAAGCAGUUAUGAUAUCGAUGCUGUGGUGACCAACCACGAUGAACUGGGCAAUGGAAGUAGACGCGAAAGUGCACUCGGACAACCAAGUUUGGGGAUGAGCUUAGGUGAGGAACUCGGAGAUUUCGGAAGUGAAGAGGGCUUUUAUGAUGAUGAUGAAAGCACAGUGGAUGAGAUGGCUGGAAUUUACAGCGGGGGAUUCGGACGUUGA